AUGACUGAAAACAGACAACGCAACGUACUGGUUACUGGAGCCAAUGGUUAUAUCGGCUCAGCAGUUUGUCGAGCCUUUGUCAGAGCAGGUUGGAAUACCUAUGGUCUCAUCAGAAACCCACAAGCUCGAGAGGAACUUGCACUUUCUGAAAUUAUUCCGGUAGUGGGAUCUUUUACUGAUCUCAGUUUCCUGGAAACACUUUUCGAAGAGGUCAACACUUUCGAUGCCAUCGUCAGCUGCACGGAAAAGAUCCCAGGCUAUGCUGUACACUUUGAAGAGGUCAUGGAUUGUGUGAAGAGAUUGGCUCAGAAGAGCAACGAAAACGGAGUUCGACCUCUAGUUCUCUGGUCGUCUGGAUGCAAAGACUAUGGAAUGACUGGUCUUCACGGCACACCUGGUCUGGCACCUCAUACUGAAGAGUCUCCGUUGAAUGCACCAGAGAUACUGAAAGAACGUACGACGAACUCUGCCAGGGUCUUCGACUUCACGGAGCUCUUCGACGCGGUGGUCAUCAGACCAACAUGUGUCUUUGGAUAUUCAAACAGCUACUACGGUGCUAUAUUCGACUAUGCUGCUAAUCAGCGAGAAAAAGGAUCUGAUGUUCUUCGGAUUCCUGGAGAUCCUAACAGCAUCAUGCACGCAACCCAUGUUGAUGAUUGCGGCGAGGCUUAUAUUUCUCUUGCGAGACUUGAUGAUCGACAAGCCGUCGGUGGCCAGUUCUUCAAUGUAUCUGGCUAUCGCUAUGAGACACUCAAAGAGGUUGCAGGAGCUGUGGCCAAAGAGUACGGGUUUGACAGAGGGGUCCAAUUCGUCCCAGCUUCUGAGGCAGAGGCAUCGUUUCCGCCAGGACUACAUUUCGUCUUCAGCUUCAGUCAAUGGGUAGGAAGUGAAAAGCUGCGGUCUUUGACAGGAUGGAUAGGCAAACGAGCGUUGUUCUCGCAGGGGAUACACGCUCAUAGGCUGGCCUACGAAGCCUAUAAGGGCAGGGGCCAUGGUAACGUCGCUGAAGUGCAGAAGAGGAUUGGAGGGAACUUUAAUGCAGAGAAUUAA